UAUACAGAACCGACACGGGUCGGUAGCAUUUCGGCGGCCGCUUCGUUGGGGUCACGUUUCAUUCUUGCUUGAGAACCGCUUCCGGACAGUGUCCUUUUUUUUCAACCAGCCUAGCGAUCACGCGUACCAGCGACCUCCGGCAAAAUGUCGACUGUUGAUGAUCUAGACAAAGCUCAGUUGGAACUGCUCCGCAACGCGUUCAACGCGUUCGAUCAGGAAAAGAAGGGAUGCAUCGGCACGCAGAUGGUCGGUACGAUCCUCAGCAUGUUGGGCCACCAGCUCGACGACAAGAUGCUGAAGGAAAUUAUCGACGAGGUCGACGCCGACGGCUCGGGUGAGCUGGAGUUCGAGGAGUUCGUCACCCUGGCGGCCCGGUUCAUGGUUGAGGAGGAUGCCGAAGCCAUGCAGCAGGAGCUGAAGGAAGCGUUCCGUCUGUACGACAAGGAGGGCAACGGUUACAUCACCACCCAGGUGUUGCGCGAAAUCCUGAAGGAGCUGGACGACAACCUGACGAACGAGGACCUGGACAUGAUGAUCGAGGAAAUCGAUUCUGACGGUUCCGGCACCGUGGAUUUCGAUGAAUUCAUGGAGGUCAUGACCGGUGGCGACGACUAAGCCCGCAACUCGGCAACCCACCAACUGCAGCUAAACAACAGCCAUACAAAAGAAAAACAAACACACACAAAAAAAGUCCCACCCCCACGUUAUAAUGUUACCCGUUUUCUUCUUCGUUAAGUUUCUUCUUCGUCAGUAACGCACACACGGUACCACCGGUGGGGAAAUGCGUCCGAUAAAAGGGGACCGACUUCCGGAGCCACCCACAAGCCCUCUACAUGGGUGGUUCGAAGGAUUCGGUUCCGCUCUUCCGCAACAGUAUCUUCCGCCCUUACGAUCGCUUCCAUGGGGGUGGUGAACAGGGUGGUGAACCAGAGGACGGGGAAAACCGAAGCAGCCACCCCACGGUCGCUGCUUUUCAUCGUUGCUUAAAGAAAACAAAGUUGCUACAUUCUAUCCGUUCUGUGUAUUCCGGCCGGCCGAUCGGUGUCCUGGCUUUCGGUUUUUCCCGCGCCGCUGGUGAUCCUCCUAGAGUGGAGAGAGAGAUAGAGAGAAAGAGAGAGAUAGGUGAAAGUAAACUCCUACCGAACACGCCGGUGAGAUGUUGAUGUUGAUCUUAUAGUGUAAGCGAGCAGAACAGCGCCAAAUAAACAGCACUGCGGUUGCUCUCGUUGGUAGCCGUGGAAAAGCCACA